AUGGCGAAAAUUAUUUUGAUCUGUUUACUGAGCGUGUUAGCCUGCGUCUCAGGUCAACGCAUCACCACCAUUCACCUGGAUGGCGUACAAUACUUCAUUAGCCGCAUGAAUCCCUAUUCGCCCGAACUCAACUACUUCCUCGCCUAUCAGUAUUGUCGUUCGUUGGGUCUGCAGUUGGCGUCGUUCGAAACGAAAGAGAAAGCCGAAUCAAUGACGACAUAUCUGAAGAAUGCCGGUUAUGGUAAUUAUGAUUUCUGGACUUCCGGCAAUCGUUUGGGCACCGGCAUGUUCCUAUGGAUGAGCACUGGCCUGCCGUUUAAUGCGACCUUUGACUUCUUCGAGAAUUCAGCCGAUGCCAUACAGGCUGGUCUGCUCGAUCCUGUCGAUCACAAUAGCAAUACAUCGCCACAACGGACGGCGCGCGACAGCAGUAGCGGCGCUGAAAAGGGUUGCGUCAUUUUGAAACAACCCACAUUGAAAUGGAUGCCCGAAGACUGUUCGGCUGUGAAAGAUUUCAUUUGCGAACAAACCCGAUGCUAUUACUACAAUUACGGCAGUAUUCCAGUGUCAUCGGCGCAGGGGUAA